AUGGCGAUGUUCGUGCUCGUGCCGUUAGCAAGAUGGAGGACUCAAACCACGCUAAAAGAGCUUGCUGCCGAAGUUCAGCACUUUCUCGACAUUCGUCAGGAUAACGCACUCCUCGAACGAUCAAGUCUACCACCCGUCAACGUCGUGGAAUCGCGAAGGAGUCGAAACCAAAGAAUGCCACGACCGCAGACGCUCUGGACACAAGCGAGGAUUCUGCAAAAAUUUCCCGGAGAAGAAGAAGCGGAAAUCUGCCAACAGCGUCUCAUCGCUUCGACUCAUGCUGGUGUCGCUGUAAACCGCAUCUACCAUAGAGUACAGAUUGAUGGGAAGACAGUACGCUCGCGUCUUGAUACUGGAGCAGACGUAACAUUAGCACAGCAGACUGGACUGCCCUAG